AUGAAUUAUGUAAUUAAAUAAACAGAAUUAUUUUUAAGGGGACUAAAGACAUGCCACUCAAUUGAUUAGAACUUGUAAUGUUACUUUUGCACUAAUGGUAUAUUAAAAUAUUAAAAAAUUUAGGAAUUUUAUUGUUGAGUAAUUAUCAAUAAUUUGACGAUGUUGAUUCUAAGAAGCCCACAUUUUUUUUUUAUCUUAAGUCAAAUUCAUUUGAACAACUUCAAACUAAUUCAAUUCAUUAUAAAAUGCCACAAAACUUGUCUCCAGAUCUCUAAAUAAAACUAUAAAAACUCAAUGCCACUUUGGAUAAAUUAGUUUUCGAAUUAAACAUAAAUUAGCUAUAUACAAGUUUAAAACCCUUUAAAAAAUAAAUCAAAAAAAUAGAGAUUCAAGUUUAUUACACUAUUUCCCAAUUGAGAGUCAUACAAAAAUUUAAAAUGAUUGUAUUUUUCAAGGAUUCCUUUUUUACUAUUGAAUGCCCAAUCAUUUAAUUAGACGAAAUUGAAUAAAUGGAAUCUAUUAGAAAAUACAUGGAAAAAAGAAAACACUUAGAAGUAUUUGAAGUUGAUCCAAAAAUCUCAGAAUACUUGAAUGAUUUCAAUCAAAAAGAAGCAAUUUAAUUGAUUUUGAAAAAGAACAGCAUUGAAAUUCAUUUAAACAGUGAAAAGCAGGAGACAUCUCUUGAAUUAAAUAGUGGAUUUUUAACUUAAUAUAAGUUUGAUGAAUUCUCUAAAAAUUACUAAAAUAUAAAUACUAUCAAUAUAGAACCCAAUGUGUUAACACCUUUUCAUGGAUACGGAUUCAAAGUCUCAAUUUCUAGAGACAGUAAUCAAAAAUCCAGAAUAUUUAUUUCUCAAGAUUGGCAAGAUUAAAUGAGUAUGGUUCUGAAAUCCAUCACAACUCUUAUUAACAAGAUAAAAAUCAUCUCUAUUUUAGAUGAUGAUCAUAAUGAUGAUGAAUUGUAUACUUUAUUUUUAUUUAAUUUUAGACUCGACAUUAUAGCUGAAUAUUAGAUUGAUAGAGUACAGGAACAGGAGUCAAUUAUGGAAAAUGAAUAAAUAGAAGAACAAUAGAUGAGAAAGAAAAUAAAAAUGAAUUUUAAAAGUUGA